AUGAGCCUCGCGGAUGGGACUGUAGGAGACAGAGUUGAAUAUGCCAUCGCUCAGCACGGGUCAGACAAAGACGGCCGAGUCGCCGCAGCGGCGGGAACCACAUCUGAGCUCGCGGAUGCUACAGUCGCCACUGCCGCCACAAGAGCGUUCGUAGACGAGCUACUUGAUAGCUACUCAGACAUCGAGCUCCUCGAACACAUCACCCGCUCUCCACGUCUAGCCUCAGUACUACCCUAUUUACAACAGCCGAUCCGGCUAUUAUUCCCCACCCUCCUCGCCAAGCGAAGCGGGCAUGACUUCGAUGAAGAGCCCCUGCCAGACGAGGUUGGUGCCCUCCAACAUGCGCGUGCCGCCGGUGUGAGGGUCCCAGCUUUUCGUCGUCUAGUUCCUGCUGGAGAUGAUGGGAUCUACUACAUCGUCAUGGAACGGAUCAGUGGUCCCACUCUCGCACAAGCGUGGUGGAACCUCGGCUUGUGGGGGACUGUACGUGCAGCAUGGCAACUACGAAAAAAUCUUCGACUGCCACUUCAUGCUGUCACGUCGCAAACGACUGGUGGCGCCCACAGCGGUCGGACCCGCUGCAUAUGGUUAUACGCUCUACGCGGCCCCGCGCGCCACGCCUCUCCUGCAGUAUUCACCAGCUAUCUCAACUGGUGGCUUGUGAAUUGUCGCCCCACGGUAUUGAAACCACGCUACGACCUCGUGCUCCAACCGGCUAAGCAGCAUGUCCUCGUUCACCAAGACCUUGCCCCGCGCAACAUGAUAUUGGAUGCUCAGGGAGACCUUUGGCUCGUGGACUGUGGGCAUGCCGGCUUCUAUCCUUCGUUCAUGGAGUACUUUGGGAUGGAGGUUCGGUCGCCUGAGACACCCUGGCUCUCCGAGCGCACCUGGGCUGCAUGGUGGGGUCACUUCCGAUGGUCCAUCCGUUGGAUUGCAGCUGGCAGCUUUUAUCGGUAUCGCAAGGCUUGGAAAGCUUAUGCUGUCAUCAAUCUCCGCACACAUAGGUUUAGAGGAGAACAUGUACCUUUCUCGGAUCAUCUAUGACUGUCCAGUCGCAUGCAGUCCAUUUCUAUUCUAUGGGAUUGCAUUUGCGCACACUGACAGACGGGCCAUCUGGAA